AUGCUUUUGUUAUGCUUUUUUCAGCUAUUGAUUGCAGAAUAUUUAUCAGCUAGAUGCUUUUCGGAUCAGUAUUUAGGCCUUUGGUCCUUUACUAUUGCCAAAGAUAGACACUUGAAAAGCAACGACUAUGUGGGUUGUAAUUCGAGGGCGUCUCUAUCUUCCCGAGUAACCUUGCUCAAUGUCACACUGAUGGAUAAUGGUGUGGCCCAGAGUCAGGGUGGAUAUACAGGAAGAUGGACACCCAUAGGCAAUCAUGGCUUUGAACUGCGUAUAGCAACAGAUGUCUUCUACGUUAUUUCAGCCUUUUCUGCUGAAAUAUACAAUGACACACACUAUAAAGUGAGCUCACGGUGCGAUAAGAUUCACUUUGGGUGGCGAACAACUCAGGGAAUACAGCCUCUAUCCUUCUAUUGCCUUACGGGCUCGCUCAUCAAACCCUUGAUUAACUAUAAUGUAACAACUCACUAUGUUCAGAGGGACGUUGCUUCCGAGUUGGAUAGAAAACCAGCUCUAGUACCUAAGCAACGUCCUUCUUCGAAGAGCAGGUCUGCAAGAAAAGCAAAGACAGCAAGCUUUCUAAACGCAAGUAGCUGGAACCUCCAACUAGGAGACCCGCCCCCUGCGGCCUGGUCGUGGGGGGACGUCGGCGGGGCCUCGUUCCUCCCGGCCGCGCCGCCCGCCUCCCCCGGCCGGGGGUGCAACAGCAGCUACGUGGAGGCGGCGCUGGCGGCCAUGAUGGCGCGCGUGAUGGUCGCGAGCAACCGGACAGACCCGCUCGGGCAGCAGACGUUCCUCUCCGCCCGCCACGUCCUCGACUGCAGCCAGUACGGCCAGGGCUGCGCGGGCGGUACUCCCUUCGAGGUCGGAAAGUUUUCAGAAGACUUUGGUAUCUUUAUAACGGACUAUUACAUCCCUGAUGAUCAGGGGGGCUGUGUGGCAAACAGGACACGUAGACCGGAAGUGCGUUACUAUUUCAGUAAUUAUGGCUAUUUAGGCUCAUACUAUGGAAACACCAAUGCACAGGAUGAUAUCAUCUGGGAAAUCUAUCGACAUGGACCUGUCGUUGCGUCUGUUUAUGCAAAUGCUGAUUGGGAUAACUGUGAUGAAAAUUCUACAGAGGACGUACGCUACGUUGUAACUGAGGACGACAGCACAUCGUUGGAGGACUAUUCUAGCGCAUCUGCGAAUCGCUCUCUACGCCACUUCUAUGCUAGCAACACAAAUCACACCGUGCUGAUUGUGGGCUGGGGAAGUGACGAAGUCACUGGAGACUACUGGCUAGUUUUGGAUCCUGCCAGGUCUAGGCGUAACACCUGUGGCGGACCUCUACGUAAGAUCUCUCGGGGGGUGAAUGCGUACAAUAUAGAGGCCGAGGUAGUCGUCAUGUACUGGGCACCAUACCCUGACUUUCUACACCCAGAGGAGUACUUUCUUACGGUACGGUGCUCCACUAUUGUUCUCAUGGCGAUCUUGCUUCUAGUAUUUUCGCUAAUCAGCAUCGUCUCUAUAGGAACAUAUAUUUGUCUAAGGAUCCGCGUGGAAAAAGAGCACAGAAAGUGCAUUUCUAUUUCCGACUUAGACGCGCCUCAGAAGGUUAUGCCUUUAAUUCCUUCGGGCCAAACGGAGAUCUCUACUGACACCUCUUCUGUACUCUUAGAUAGUGUCACACCUAACUGUGAACAGGAGGAGAGUGAGGAGCUAAGCAUGCUUUCAAAUCCAUGA